AACUCCCGAUUUCGGUGCUUCGCGGUUGAUUGGGGACACAAAAAUGCCAAGAGACAUAUCAUCUUCGUCAAGCGAGGAUGAAGCGGACAAUCCUGCCACAGAACCACCGGUAAAGCAAAAAGAACCCGAUAAGAAGACUGCCAGGUACCAGUGUCCUGCUGACUUUGUGUCUUUCCGCCAUAAGCCCUGCAGCGGCACCCUCACACAGAGUCUGAAGAACAACAAGAAUGAGUUAUGGCUCAUUAAAGCGCCGGCCAGCUUUAAUCCAGAGUGUUUCAGUGGCAUCAAGGUCCCCCUCUCAGGUCUCCAGACCCUGAAGGUUCCCACUGCUGCAGGCGGAGCUCAUACCGGGAGUGGCCGGCAGAUUUACAGCAUCCUGGCGUCCUCCCACGGUACCUCAGAGCUCCGCUUGCUCACCAGCGACAAGCCGUCGUCAGAGGGCGUCGUUUUUGGUCCGGCUUUUUCAGGUCUGCUAAAUGUGUGUGAGAGCUACGGAGACAGCAGCGCCAACCAGGCCCCUCAAGUCAUCCCCGCUGCUCCAGCACCCUCCAUACCGCUGGGGCUGAAACAGCGAUUCCACCCCUUCGGCAGUAAGACCCCCACGCUGACCUGCGUGGCAGAGAAUGAGGCUGACGGAGCUGCCUUUGGGCCCUCAUCUACAAGCCUCCGCCCCUUGGUAGUAAAGCGAUUCUUAGAAGAAGCAGGGCAUGAGGAGGAAGGGAGGAAAAAGAAGAAGAAGAAGAAGAAAGAGACGCGGAUAAAGGCAGAACAAGAGGAGGUGGAGGAGGUGGUGAGAGUGAAAGAGGAACCUGCAGCUGAAAUUCACAACAAAGUGGAGAUGGAGCUCCCCUUCCAGGAGGGCGAGAUUUUGGAGGAGAAGAGGAAGAAGAAGAAGAAAAAGAAGGACAGGGAGCGAGAGGAGGUGGAGGAGGGAGUGGAGCCCAGUGUGAGGGUGAAGGUGGAAGAGGUAACAGUGAAAUGUGAACCAACAGACACUUCAUAUGGUGAUGUAGUGGAAGGCUUGGCAAAGAAGAAGAAAAAGAAGAAGAAAAGCAAAACUUCUGACGACUAGUCUGUUGUCACUUUGUUGUUUGGUAGUUUUCUUUGUUUUUUUUGACCUCAUGAACUCACCUAGGAGCCAAUUUACGACUAAUUCACUCCAUUGCAUAAUGCAAGACUUGUUUUGGUAGGAUAUAGCAUUUUGAAAAAAAAAAAAAAACACGUCCUGAAUCAGUUGAAU